AAAAUCAUCAAGCAACAAAAAGUCAAAACAAAACACAUCCGCUUUUCAGCCAUAACCUAAACUCAAUUGUUUUUUGUUAUUGUUUUGUUAUUGUAAAUAUUAGAAUGUCGAAUAAAAAUAAAAAUUCGAGAAUAAUUUUAGGUGAAGCGUCCGAAUCAGAUAGUGAUAGUGAAUUUAAAGAAAAUAAAUCCACCAAAAAGAUUGAACCAGAAAAAAAAUCAACUGAAAUUCAACCAACAAAAAUUACCACUGAAGAACCAAGUAUUAAAAAAGAUUUGCAAGUACAAUCAGAAGUUGUACGAGAGAAUUUGGAUUUAUUAAAAAAGAAUGUAACAUUACGUUCAAAAAUCUGUACAAUGACAGAUCGUUUAAUCGAUGGUAUCCAAAAAGAAUUAACAACAUCCUCGAAAGAAAUUCUAAAGUCAGAGUUAACAUUACAAGAGACAAUUACAUCAUUGAACAUGCUACGAUAUAAUACACGACAAUUACAGAAUAAAUUAAGUACUACAAUUUCAUGUAAUUAUUUCCCACAUAUUGAAACUGUACCGACAUUUAAAAAUGAACCAUCGAUAUAAAUUACAAUAAAAACUCGUUAAGUUGUAAUAGACUUACUGAGUCGGAUUUCCACGUCUCCAGGUUUGAUCGAGAGACUCCAGAAAUUGUGUAGUUUCUACCGAAAACUCCCUACAAGGGACGAUUUCUCUUGAAUUUGAUUUUUCAGUAUGACUUAUUAAAAAAUUAUGAUAAAUUACAUUGGGAAAUCGAAACCAUCAGAGAAUACCGAUCGACUCGAAACACAUA